AAGAUGCCUUUCCACCAUGUGACCGCUGGCUUGUUGUACAAGGGGAAUUACCUCAACCGAUCUCUGUCCGCGGGCAGCGACAGCGAGCAGCUUGCUAAUAUCUCCGUGGAGGAGCUGGACGAGAUCCGAGAGGCCUUUCGGGUUCUGGACCGAGAUGGGAACGGCUUCAUCUCCAAGCAGGAGCUAGGAAUGGCCAUGCGCUCUUUGGGGUACAUGCCGAGUGAGGUGGAACUGGCCAUCAUCAUGCAGCGCCUGGACAUGGACGGGGAUGGCCAGGUGGACUUUGAUGAAUUCAUGACAAUUCUUGGCCCCAAACUCGUGUCUUCCGAAGGUCGCGAUGGUUUUCUCGGAAACACAAUAGACAGCAUAUUCUGGCAGUUCGACAUGCAGAGGAUAACUCUGGAGGAGCUGAAGCACAUCCUCUACCACGCCUUCCGGGACCACUUGACAAUGAAGGACAUCGAGAACAUCAUCAUCAACGAGGAGGAGAGUCUGCAGGAGACCUCGGAGAACUGCCAGACAGAGUUCGAAGGAGUGCAUGCGCAGAAACAGAACAGGCAGACCUGCGUCCGCAAGAGCCUCAUCUGCGCCUUCGCCAUGGCCUUCAUCAUAAGCGUCAUGCUGAUCGCGGCCAACCAGAUCCUCCGGAGCGGCAUGGAGUAGGCCGCCCCCCCACCGGGCUGCGUGCCCAGCUCACCGCGCAUGCGCAUGCCCAGCGGGCAGACUCUGUUCCUCCGCAAAAGCAGAUACGGUUGCAGACCAGGCACGGUCGGGCGAAGACCCCCCCGAGGCUGCAGUGCAACAGGUGUUGCCCAUUCACUUCAUCUCCUUGGCAGGGACACCAAAGGGCUGUCUUAAAUGCUUUAAUGGUUUUGUUUCCUAAUGCAAUAAAAUAGCCAGGAGUUCCCAGUGACUGCUUCAACCACCCCUAGGAACUCUGAAGAGAGACUUCAUUUCCAUCCCGGGAUUCCAGGGGCCACCCAGGCUGGCGGUGUUAAGAGAGCAAGGGCGAGGCGUCAGCCCGCGGCCACCUCCGUGCCCCCCGUCCUUUCAACCCCAGGGGUCCGCUGGAGACUCCCGGCUGCGGGAACCCUCAGUCCCAAGAGGCUGGCUGCUGGGUUGCUACGGAAGAGGGGGCUUCCUUCCUCCACCCAGUGGAGCCCCCCCCACCCCCCACCCCAAGGCGUGAGGGGAAAGCCAUCGAGCGGGGUGCAGCGCCGCACCCCUUCGCUUCCGUUCUUACUGCCUUUUCUAGAGGACUCUUGUUGGCAGAGUUGGGGAGCUCUCGGUUUCCGUCGGCACUUGGCUUUCUGUUCCUAGAGCCCAUCGCGCACCAGCAUUUUGGAAUCUGCAGAGAGCCUUUCUCCCGGCUUUUGCCACCUGUGCUGCCAUUAGUGGAAAAAAAAAAAAAGCAUUCUCGUGGGCAUCCCUGUAACAUAGACAUGUAGACAGACGUAUAUACUGGGCUCCUUCGUGUGUGACAUCCCCCUUUCCUAAUCGCUUACUCCCGGUAUAAGCUCGUCCUCCGACAUGCGUCCCCGCCUCUUUCGGGUGGGCCAGGUAGUUCGGGGGUGGGGGGUGCGGGGAGGGCCUGGGACCCUCCCACCCCACUAGCCCGGAGUCGCGGAGCCCGAACCCGCCUCCGUGCCAGCAGACCUCCGUCAGCGAAGGGCCUCGAGCACCUUAUCUUCUCCUCCAUUUCCAACUUGUUUUGUUAGUCCUCCCCCAAGCAAAAGAGAAAUACGGUCCACAGUGGAAAGACGGAAACGUACAUCACCUCUUGCAGCGGUCAGAUUCUGCAACUGACUCGUUUUCCCCCCACCCGGGGAAACAAACAGACGUGAAGCAGCGCAGCCAGAGGUAAUUCGCUCCUGCCUGCGGAGUACUUCUGCUGGGGGGGGGGGGGGAGGGACCCGAAGCCCAGGGUCCCUCUUCAGUGGCAUGUCAACCUGCAGUUUCCCGACUUUUCCUAGACGCCGUAUCAGCCACCGCUAUUGAUUCAAGCUUGCACAGUCCGAUCGGCCCAUAACCUUUCCGUGCCGUGUUUUCCUUUGCACUUUUCCAAGCUCAGGUCUUUAUUUCUCUAGUAGAAUGGUGUCGCGCCCCUUUCUUUCCGUUGCAUCCUGAAGCUACGUGCUUUUUCCCCUCUCCCUUUUCCCCUGUCUUCCAGUAUGGAGGUGCCAGAGUGUCUCAUCUCUAGGUUUUGCCGGGGGGGAAGGGGGGUCCCCUGAACCCCUCCCUCAGGGGCCCCUCCCUCUCCGUUUUCUCCCUUUCCGCCUUUUCCAACCUGACUUGUCCUUUUAGGGUCUUUUUCCAGUUCGACUCUGCAAGCACUUCCUGCAGCAGCCUGGGGGGGGCGGUUUGGGGCAGCUGUAGAAACUUCCCCACGGUGGGAGCCCACAAAUAUUCCUGAUGAGCACAAGUAAAACUAGGGUUUGAGCCAUAGUACGGAGCAGGUGUGAGCUCCCGAGAGCCCUGGGGGUUGAGGGUCCUGCUGGGAAAAUGCCCAGAGUCUUACGGGGAGUUCCUUCCAGGCCAAGGAAGGCAACAGCCUGCCUCUCCCCCUUGCCCGCUCCAUCCUGCCACAGUACCCAGUGCACGUCUGCCUCCUCUCUCUCCCCCUGCCCAACUCCCCACGGUCCCUUCAGGAUGGGCUUCCAGAAGGAGGACAGGUCCGAGCACAGAACACUAACACAGAAGACGACUGCGUCAUUAGUUUUUGCCCCAAGCGGCUUACCUUCCCCCCCCCCCCCGCCCACAACUGGACUUGGAUGGGAAGGACCCCCUGAACCUCUAGGCCGUGCCCUCCUGGGGAGCCAAAGUAGACUAAAUAGAGACCCCGGGAGGACUCCCAAAGGCCGCUGCCCCGUGAGAGGGGAUCGCAACGCUUCUUCAAAGGCUGGCUGUCUGCAAGUUCUGUGCCUCCCCCUGGAGAACCGGGUCCCCGAAGGAUGUGCGGCUUAGAAGAGAAAUGAGCCGCUGUGCAGGGGCGGAGAGUAAAGAGAGCUCUGGAGAGGCACCAACAGCCUGUUCGAGGCCUCGGCAUCCUCUCCCUGAACAGGACCCUUUUCCUCUCCCAGUGACCCGCGAAUCCUACCCAGGAGGGAUUCGAGGAGCAGGCGUCCCUUGCAGGGAGAGAGGACAAAAAGGAAGCUAUAGAACUUUCCUCUGGGGUGGGCUGGCAUUGACCUGCCACCAUGGUGGCGUCACGCAUGGCACCCAGGAGCUGAAGUGUGGGGAGACAGCCCAGAGUUAGAGGCGCUCCUGACCCUUUGGGAGGCGAGAGCUUGUGUCUGCGAGGUAAGCCCUGGCUGCUUUGCCUGGACAGUCUUUCAGAGGUGUCGGGAUUCUUUGUAAGACUUAAGAUGUUGACUUUCUGCAGCCCCACCCCAGGUCCUGUCCAUUCCACAGCUACUUCAGCCCCGUGCCCCCCCCCACCCCCACCACGCACACACACAGCACUUAUGAUGCUCAUGGUUAAAGCGUGGCUCAUUCUUGCUGUAAGAACACGUGCCCCCCAGACCACACAAGGGAUGAUCGGGGAGGCAUUUUGCUAGGGGGACAAGGGAUGCAGACCCUGGUCCCCUUGGCCCCACAAAAAAGCUGUCUCCUAUCACUCCAGAAGCAGACAGAGCCCCCAGACAGGACCCAGCAUGGGAACUAUUAGAAGUGGCUUCCAGAAUGUGCGUGGGUCCCACGUGACCAAUCUGUAAAAAAAAAGAGGGGGGGGUGAUGUUGCCAUGGCAACCCUCGCAUUCCACCCUGAGUUUGCCAAGGCACACAAAAAUAGGGAACAUUUUCUUAAAGAACACCGGGCUCCGUGCACCCAUAUCCCCCCUGGUGGGGUAAAUUACUCUCAAAAAAAUCUGGCGGUUUCUCUGGUGUUUUGAAACCGUCCUUCCAUGUGCUCAGGAGAACAGGAGCUACCUGAAAGCCGGGUGGUAUUCUCCCCACCCCGCCUCCU